AUGGUCAAUCAAGGAAAUGUCCAAUCUAAUGCUCUAUGUUCUUCAGGACCUAGCAUAUUGAACAGAGACAAAGGCAUGCAAGUUCAUCCUGAAGUGCAAAAAGCCAUUGAAAAGGCAAAAGUAAAGUUUCUUCCAGCUGAGGAAGCCAUCAAUUUUAUACCUGGCACCAAAACAAGGCAGGUUCACCACAGUAAUUGGGGUACUCCAUCUGUUUCUGUAUCCAAGAGGACUAUUGCUGUAGCUCAGAAUGUCACUUCUAAGUGUCAUCCGCUGACAAAAAAUACAUGUUUUGGUUCUACUGCUAAACGUCUAAAAACUAUUGGACUGGAAGAUAGACCUGGAAAACCAGUUGCUUCUGCUGUAAAUGCUAAACCAAAUUCAUUUGUCAUGAAGCGUCAUACGCUGCUUGAGUCACUUUGGUAAUACUUUGGUAACUUCAUUUACUUCCUUUCUCUGCAAUUUGGGUUUAAAGUUUUUGUCUUGGUUCUUUGGCAUUGCUGUCUUUGUGUUUUUUUGUUUGUUCUCUAUGUGUUUGUUUAAAUGUCGCCC